ACCACAAUCAACACACACACAGAAAAACAAAGUCUCUGCCGUUUCACCUCCAAAGUUCCAGCGUUUUAUUCCAACACCGAGACAUGGCCAAUGGAACGUUCAUUCUCUACAUCGCCGCACCCACCUUCCUUCUAACUCUCUUCACCUACCACCUAUUCCUAAAACUCGUCAGACGCAGGCCCGUCUCCCACAACCAAGCCCGCCGACGGCCCAACCUCCCGCCGGGCUCCAUGGGCUGGCCCAUCAUCGGCGAGACGCUCCAGCUCUACUCCCAGGACCCCACCUCCUUCUUCUCCAGCAAGCAAAAACGGCACGGCGAGAUCUUCAAAACGCACAUCCUGGGCUGCCCCUGCGUCAUGCUCGCCAGCCCGGAGGCCGCCCGCUUCGUCCUCGUCACCCAGGCCCACCUCUUCCGGCCCACGUACCCCAAGUCCAAGGAGCGGCUUAUUGGGCCUGCCGCCCUGUUUUUCCACCAGGGCGAUUACCACCUCCGCCUCCGCAAGCUCGUCCAGCGCGCCCUCUCCCUCGAUGCCACCCGCAGCUUGGCCAACGACGUCUCCUCCCUGGCCGCCUCCGCCCUCGAGAAAUGGGACGGCGGACACGUCAUCAACACCUUCGAAGAGCUCAAAAAGUUGUCGUUUGAAGUCGGGAUCCUGGCGAUUUUCGGACACCUGGAAGAGCAUUACAGAGUGGAGUUAAAAAGGAAUUACGGCAUCGUCGAAAAAGGCUACAAUUCGUUUCCCACCACCGUUCCUGGAACUCCUUACAAAAGGGCGCUUACCGCGAGGAGGGAGCUGAGUGAGAUAAUGGGGGGCAUAAUCGGGGAGAGGAAAGAGAAGAAGGUAUUGGAGAAAGAUGUGUUGGGUUGUUUGCUGAAUUCCAAGGACUACAAAGGGCAAGUACUGACGGACGACCAGGUCGCCGACAACGUCAUCGGAGCUCUGUUCGCCGCUCAGGACACGACGGCCAGCGCCAUGACGUGGAUUGUCAAGUACCUCCACGACAACCCGAAGCUUCUCGAGGCUGUCAAGGCCGAACAGAAGGCAAUUCAGGAGGUGAAUGGAAGGGACGGCAAUGAUAAUGCGGCGUUGAAUUGGAGUCAAACUCGUAACGACAUGCCCUUCACUCACAAGGUGGUUUUAGAGAGCCUAAGGAUAGCAAGCAUUAUAUCUUUUACAUUCCGGGAAGCGGUGGCCGACGUGGAAUACAAAGGUUACCUUAUUCCAAAGGGUUGGAAGGUGAUGCCCUUGUUCAGGAACAUUCAUCACAAUCCAGAAUAUUUCAGUGAACCUCAUAAAUUUGAUCCUUCGAGAUUUGAGGUGGUACCAAAACCCAAUACAUUUAUGCCAUUUGGCAAUGGGGUACAUGCCUGCCCUGGAAAUGAGCUUGCUAAGCUGGAGAUGCUUAUUUUCAUCCACCAUUUGGUCACCAAGUUCAGGUGGGAAGUGGUAGGAUCUGAGAGUGGGACACAGAACUGCCCAUUUCCAGUACCAAUGAAUGGACUCCCAGCAAGAUUUUGGAAACAAGUCCCCAGCAGCUAGGUUUAAGAUAUAUAUAGUAGUAGAGAUUAUUAUCAAUUUGGGUCAUGAUUUACCCAUAUAAUUAGCUUAUGUAGAGUAAUUUUCUUCCCCUUUUUAAGUUUUUGUGGCCCCAAUUUUGGCCAUUAUUUAUCAAUAUCUUAUCCAAUUAACGGGGAGAAAACCCCUAUUAGGGGAUGAUGCUAAGAUGAGUGAUUCCCAGCCAAAUCCUUUUUCAUCGGCUGUAUUUUUCCUAUGUAGAAUCUUACCAGUUCCAUUAUCAGUUCUAGAUCUAGUUUGUAGUUCUUCAACCCAAGCACUUAAUGGUAGUUUCUCCAUUUCAUAAUUCAUGC